UACUAGAAGAGACCAAAAGAAUGAGCAAUUUCCUGUAAACUGUAAACAAAGUCUUCGUUUCAACAAUUUUAACCCCAGAAAUCAUAAACUUUUCAUCAAAGAUUUGAAUGAAAUUUUCAUGGCCGAAGUGGCGGCGAGUUUGGCCACGGAGAAGCUGACCAGUUUGCUGAGUCGAGACGUCGAGUUGCUCAGAGGCGUCCAUGAAGAAGUCGAAGACAUCAAGGUCGAGCUCGAGUUCAUCACAUGUUUCUUAAAAGAAGCAGAUGCAAUGGCGGCCAGAGAUCAUCAGGGUUCCACCAGUAUUAUUACAUGGGUGAAGCUUGUAAGAGAGACGGCUUUCAGGAUUGAAGACGCCAUUGAUGACUACAUCCUCCAUCUCCAUGUCGUUAACAGCCAUGAACACCACGGUUUCAUCAAGGCUUACCUGUGUAAGGCGGCUAAAUUCCUCGAGGGCAUGAAGAAACGUCACGAGAUUGCGUCGGAGCUUCGAGAUAUCCGGAUAUCGGUCCGGGGAAUCGGCCAGAAACGGAAGAGAUACGGGUUGAACGUGUCCGGUAAUACGGUUGUGAUUCGACGUGAUCCUCGAGUUGGUAUGCAGUUUGUCCAUGACAAUGAGCUCGUCGGAAUAGACUCACCGAGAAAUGAGUUGGUCCGUCGGUUGAUAUCCGGACCACCCGUUCGCACCGUGGUUUCACUCGUCGGCAUGGGCGGGAUCGGCAAGACAACACUUGCCAGGAAAGUUUAUGAAAACCAGACUGUGGUACAACACUUUGAUUGCCAUGCCUGGGUCACAGUGACUCAGUCAUUCCAUGUGGAAGAGGUGUUGAGGACCCUGUUGAGACGAUUUUACGAGGCGAGGAAAGAAUCGCCUCCCGAUUCGAUCGGCCGGAUGGACGAAGAGGAGCUCAUCGGCAAAUCCAGAGAAUAUUUACAUGACAAGAGGUAUGUUGCUGUCUUUGAUGAUGUGUGGAACCAAGAUUUCUGGCAUAGUAUAGAACAUGUUCUGUUAGAUAAUAACAAAGGUUGUAGGAUCAUCAUCACCACAAGAAAUGAAAAAGUUGUAGAAUUUUGUAAAAAGUCUUCGCUCAUUCAUGUCCAUAAUUUGAGACCCCUGCCUUUGGAAUUGGCCCGAGAGCUCUUACAUCGAACGGCCUUCCGGUUCGAUCCCGAAAAGCAGUGUCCCCCGGAAUUGAAGGACUUAUCUUUGGACAUUGUAAGAAGAUGUCAAGGGUUGCCGCUUGCCAUUGUGGCCAUAGGAGGCCUUUUAUCAACCAAAGGCAAAGAUGUUCUGCAGUGGAAGAGUCUGCAUAAUCAGUUCAGCGCCGAGUUCGACAGCAACCCUCAUCUUACAGACAUCAAAAAGAUACUUUCAUUCAGUUACCAUGAUCUGCCUUACUAUCUCAAAUCAUGUUUCUUGUAUUUAGGCAUGUUCCCCGAAGAUCAUUCAAUCCGUUGCGGGAGAUUGUUCAGGUUGUGGGUUGCAGAAGGCUUUGUGAAACAAAAACAACAUGCAACACUGGAAGAAGUAGCAAGGGAAUACUUAAUCGAGCUCAUUCACAGAAGCCUGGUUCAAGUUGAAUCCAUCGAUUCCAUGGGACGAGUUCGAGAAUGUCGUGUUCACGAUUUGAUGCGCGAAGUCAUCCUGUCCAAAUCGGAGGAAUUGAAUCUGAUUCAGACCUCAGUAAGAAAUUUAGAAAGUUUUAAGGGCAAAGUUAGGCAUCUAUCACUACAUGAUAGAACAAACAACAACACAGGGGGCAGUAGUAAGUCACAAGCUCAUUCGAUCAUCGCUUUCGAGGUAGCCGACAUACCUGAAUCUUUAUUCAUCACAUUGUCCAGAGAUUUCAAGUUCUUGAAAGAACUCGAUUUCGAAGGCGUUCCCUUGAGUUAUGUGCAUGAGGAAUUGGGAGAUUUGUUCCACUUGAGAUACUUGAGCCUAAGAGAUACAAAGGUGACAAUGCUGCCAGAGUCCAUAGGUAAGUUGCAUAAUCUGCAAACUUUGGAUCUAAAACGUUCUCUCGUACACGCGCUACCGGCUGCGAUGAACAAGUUGCAUAAUCUGCAAUAUCUCGCAGCAUACUAUACGAUUUACGAUCGAAACUCGAAUUUCCAUAGUCGAAGAGGGGUGAAGAUGUCCAACAGUUUUGCCAACUUGGACUCUCUGGAGAAGCUGUUUAGUGUAUGCGUGGAAACGCUCGAAAGGGAUGAGUUUUUCAUCGAGUUGGCACGGUUGAAACAGUUGAAGAAACUGGGAAUUUCGAGGCUAAAGCCGAAACAUGGGGCUGCUUUAUGUACUGCCAUAGAGCAAAUGAACAACCUCCAAUCUUUGUCCAUUACGGCCAAAGAUGAAGGGUUCCUUGAACUGCAAUCCAUAACUUGUCCUCCGAUUUUCCUCCGAAGCCUGUGCCUACGAGGCCGGUUAACCAAGCUGCCGAACUGGGUUUCGAAACUGCAGAACCUGGUUAGAAUCGGCUUACACUGGUCUAGAAUAUCCGACGACUCACUUAAAAUCCUCGGAGUGUUGCCUAAUCUAUUGAAGUUUCAGCUGACAAAUGGAUAUGAUGGAGCUCAGCUGCAUUUUGAAAAGGGGUACUUCAAUGGACUCAAAGAACUAGCACUCCGGAUGUUGAAUGGAUUGAACAGAUUGACGAUCGAUGAAGGAGCGUUACCUUCGCUCGAAUGGUUAUCGAUCGGACCGUGUCGGUACUUGGAGGAGCUGCCAUGGACGGUUUCUAGUUUGAAGAGCCUUAAACAUUUGGCAUUCCAUAACAUGCCAAAUAGCUUUGCUCUGAAGUUGGUGCCUAAUGAAGGAGCAGAUCAUUGGAAAGUAGAGCAUAUUCCUAAUGUUGUUUUCUGUUGCACCAAUGGAUCAAUGCAAUGUUAUGUGUACAGGCUUGGCGAUCAGCGCCUGUUACAAGCCCUGCGUUGAAUGUAGGGAUGGGCACGCGACCAGAACCUGACGAGUUCUAG